UUUACUGAAACUUUUGCAAAUUUGCUUUAAUUUAUCUCAGCGGCACAUGUUGAUGUAUAGUUUUUAAAAGUUUGUAGCAUUAUGACAUUUCUAAAAGGUUUAUAUACUGCAUAAUGCAAAAAGUAAAAUCCAGGCCAUGUUCAAAAACCCAAAUUAUUUUAUAUUCAUCCUCAUUUUCUUUGGAACUAUAGCAGCUGCUGUGAUACCUGCACACCAUACCUACAUUUUGGUGCCAAGAUUAUUGAGAUAGUUUGCAUUUGCUGAGAAAAACUAAAUUAGAUUUGGAUUAAGCACUUCAGAAAACCCUGUGGAGACUUUUAAGGGUCACAUUUUCUCCACUUUCUGAUUAUCAUCUGCGAAGUGGAAACUUUGUGUUGGUUUAUCUGAUUGCAAUAUGACAAAAAGUGAAAAGCUCCCUGAUGAGAGCCUGUGGUCAGGAAGCAGAGAUGAUUGUUGUUCCAGUAGAUCAAUAGUUUGUGCUGAAUGGCUGGAGCUCAGACUCCAGAGGUGGAGAUCUGACUCUGUUGCGCUCCAGAUGUUUCAAAACGCCGACACUUUUAACAACCAGCUGAAAGUGCAACACGACAGAAACAUGAGGCAACACUGCGCGCUCAAACACGGAAUAUUCAAGGAGUUCCUGGCUGAAUUCCUGGGAACGUUCGUCUUGGUACUGUUUGGCUGCGGCUCAGUUGCUCAGACGGUCCUGAGUCGAAACACGCUGGGCGAGCCGCUCACCGUCCACAUCGGCUUCUCCGUGGGCCUCAUGAUGGCCGUGUACGUGGCUGGAGGGGUGUCAGGAGGCCAUGUGAACCCCGCCGUGUCUCUGGCCAUGGUGAUUCUGGGGAAACUAAAGAUCUGGAAGUUUCCCUUCUACGUCAUCGCUCAGUUUCUUGGUGCUUUUGCAGGAGCUGCAGCCGUCUUUGGAUUAUAUUAUGACGCUUUCAUGGACUUCACCAGCGGUAUUCUGUCGGUGACAGGAAUCAAUGCGACAGGUCACAUUUUUGCCUCCUACCCUGCCAGACACCUGUCAGUCCUCGGCGGCUUCAUCGAUCAGGUGGUGGGGACAGGUAUGCUGGUUCUCUGUAUUUUGGCGAUCAUUGACGGUGGGAACAUUGGCGCCCCUAAAGGCGUGGAGCCCCUGGCCAUCGGUCUGAUCAUCAUGGCCAUCGGCGUCUCCAUGGGACUCAACUGUGGCUACCCUCUGAACCCCGCCAGAGACCUGGGACCCCGGCUGUUCACGGCGGUGGCCGGGUGGGGGAUGGAGGUCUUCAGCACUGGAGGCUACUGGUGGUGGAUCCCAGUGGCGGGGCCCAUGGUGGGAGGCGUGGUGGCGGCCGUCCUCUACUUCCUGCUCAUCGAGCUGCACCACCCCCAUGACGAGGACGAGAAGGCCCACGAGGUGGAGGAAGAGGAGGAGGAAGAAGAGGAGGACGACGAUGACAGCAGUCUUAAGGACAAAUACGAGAUGAUCGCCAUGAGCUAAAACAUUCAGCGCAGCAGUCAUGACAGAGCUUCUGCAGUUCCUGCCUGGGAAUAGUACGGAGCUAAACUGGAGCCAUAAAGUUUGCUCAAUUUAACUUUUUUUUUUUUUUAAACAAAAAAAAAAAAUUCAUUGAAAAAUAAUUUUGAAACUG